GCUAUAUAUAUGCAGUAAACAUACAUACAUACACGCUCAGGUGAAGAAGCAGGUUAGCUGGAUUGAGGUGAGAAUCGGUUGAGAGGAGCAGAGCACAACUCAAGACGGCAUGAGGUUACUAGUUGGGAUUGUGAGGCUUGUUGCUCUGAUGUUGAUGUUGGUCGUCGGUUUGUCAGUUCACCAGGCGGUAGGAGUUGGUGCUAUCAGGCUGCACGACAGAAGGACGCACGGGGAGCAGUGGGCGGAGGAGAGGAUGCAGAUGAGGUCCUACAUGACCAUGGACUACACCCGCGUCAAGCGGCGCACGCCCAAGCACAACUGAUUAUUCAGCUAGCUAGCUAGCUAGAAGAAAGCCUCUCAUCUCCGGGCUCUGGCUCCUUCAGCAGCGACCAUCUGCUGAAAUGUGACAGCAGGGGAAGCUCUCGAUUCAGCUAGCGGUCGAGAAGAAGCUCCCAGCUCUACUAAUCCACCUUCUUACUUCUUCAGUAGUAUGUGUAUGUAUGCGUCCGGCGUGCAGAUCCAUCUGUGCACGCAAAUUUUGCCCCCUGACCAAAUGUUAUUACUACUAGCUUGAUUAAUUUGUGAUAUAUACUUACGCAGUUAUUAUGGUAGCACUAGCAGUGUUCAUCUUUCAGUUACACUUUUGUAAGAAGUUAGUUAUGUGGAUUCGUUUGGUGAAGUUCUGGUUAUUUCCCCUGUAAGUGAGAAGUGAUCAUGUACUAGUGUAACAUCUCAAUCGUAAUGGAACCAGACGAGUCCACUGA